CUUUCGUGGUUUAAUGAAAUGAUUAUUGGGCUGUGAGCGAACAUGUCCUCGGCACUCUCUAACCUGUCGAGUGCGGAUGCUCUGCUGGAACAGACGCAUCGCUCCGUCAAAAUCAGCGUCAUCAUCUCUUUGGGCGUGAUGGUCACUUUGGGAAAUAUCGCAGUUCUCCUGGUCAUUUCCUCGUCCGUGGCCGGUUGGUCCAGAAACUCUCGGUACUUUCUGCUGUCCCUGACAGCCGCGGACUCUGCCUUCGGACUGCUGGUCAUGCCCUUGAACCUGUGGGUGAGUUUGCUCAAAGAGCACACAGAAGGCCCGGACGCGCUGUGUCACGUGGUGGCCUUCUGUAACGGCACCGUCUACACCACCUGCAUGUACACGCUGGCCUCCAUCAGUCUGGAACGGUACGUGGCCGUCUUUUACCCUCUGAAGUACUCCUCGCUCAUGACCAAGACAAGGACUCUGCUCCUCAUCGCCUUCUCCUGGUGCGUGCCUCCUUUAUUGCUGCUGCCCAUCUCCUUUCCUGACGGAGUCAUCGAGGUUCACUUUUCUACAGCGUCACUCGUUUGCAAUCCGACCUACUCCACCAACGUGGCUUAUUCUUUAAGCCUGGCGUGUCUUAUAUUCUUUCCUUGCUCCAUAAUAAUGACCUUCGCCAAUUUAAGAGUGUGGUGCGCUGCCAAGAGACAGAGGCUCAAAUUGCGCAAAUACGCCUGUGCGCAGCGCAGAAGGCGGAACAUCGCGUCCAGAGUCCUCGUGCCUGUGAUGGCAGCCUACUACACUUGCUGGACUCCCUGUAUGGCAGCUAUGAUCUACAAUGCCAUCUCGGGCAAGAAUGUACCAGAGUGGAUUGAAUUUGUGGUGGUAUGGCUGCCAACCUCCAAUGGUUUUCUGAACUGCAUCUUCUACUUCUGGAUUAACCGCAGCUUCAGAAGAAAAUUCCACCUCAUCCUCCAGAGGAUAGCUCUGGCGCUCUGCCCUGAGUUGGCCAACACCCUUGGGUGCUGCCACCAUUCAAAUGCACACUUUAUCUCAGAAGUUAUGGAUAACAGCAUUGUUCAUGAACGGUCUUCCAGUGUGUCCUCCACCUGCACCUUGUUGUCUGUGGCUUAGCACCGCAGUGCCCGAGGAAGACUU